AUGCCCACAAAAAAGCAAUGGAUAAUAACAGGCGUCGUGGCGACCAUAAUAAUUUGGGGAAUCUAUUCUACUUAUCGACGAUGCAAGGCCGAAGAGAAGGAGGCUAAAAAGAAGGGGGCUAAAAAGGAACAAGUCAUGGUCGACGACGAUUCAGUGUCAAGCCUCGAGCUUACGGUACUUUCGCCACGAUGCGAACCUUCUUCCGGGUAA